AUGGUGGUCAAUCUUCUGCAUGAUGGUCCUUUACCAGGCAUUCGUGACUACUUGCUUUCGGAGGAGAACGAGUCACAAGCAUGUUUUGCCUGCCAGCGUGAGAAUGUCAAGCCAGCCGAACUUUUGCCCAACGACACCGUUCGACGCCAGUUGCGUGCUUAUAUGCGCGCAAUGCAAGAAAGUGCCGACUCACCAGAACCGAAGCCAUCUCGUGCCCUUGGGCCGUCUGCUCGAUCGAUGGGCGCCUCCGCGUCGUGGCAAGACCAAGAAACUCGUCAGCCACACCAGCAACACAACCAGUCUGCACCACAACCGCAGUAUUCUUCCUAUUCGAUGCCACCUCCAGUGUCGGGCAGCAGUGGCGCAUUUGACCAGGGUAUGAACAGCGGAAACAACAACCACAAUGGCAAUAACAUGAUGCCCUCAAUGAGUGGCAACCAAAUGCCACCUCCUGGCUUUGACAACGACAUGGGGCGUGGUGGCAUGCAAUACUCUAUGGGCAGUCGACCACCCAACCAGUUUUACAACAACGGCUUUCCACAGAUGGAACCCGGCGUGGUGCCGCCGCCAAUGAUGAAUCAGAGUCCCAUGAUGCACGGAAACGGCGGCAACAUGAUGGGCCCCAACAUGAACAUACCCCCCGGUAUGAUGGGCCCCAACUUUGGCAUGCACAUGGGCCCUGGCCCAGGCAUGAUGAACCCUGGCAUGAUGAUGAUGAUGGGCCCCAAUCCUGGCAUGCACAUGGGGCCAGGUCCAGGCAUGAUGGGCCCCCCCGGCAUGAUGGGCCCGGGCUUGAUGAGCCCGGGCAUGAUGCCCAUGGGUCCGGGUAUGAUGCCGAUGAACAUGCCGCAAGAUCGACCCAUGACUAAGGCGCAGCAUGCGGCUUUGAACGGUGCGCACGCUCGGCGCCAGCGGCGCGGCAACCGCCCGCCUCAUCGCGGUGGUGAUGCGGAGUCACGAGAUGAAUCGAGUGCCCAGCAUGCACCUCGUAAUGAUGGCGCCUCUUUGAGUGAUGCCCGGGACCGCGAGCGCGCACCUGAGCAACCCACAGACGCGGAGCGAAAUGAUGCAAACGUCGAUUCUUCUGCGCAAAGCACGCGCGAGGAUGAUGAUCCUCGCCAACGCGACCAAGAGGUUGUUCACGAUGAAGACGGACGGGACCGCCCGCACCUUGAGGAGCGGAGGGAAUCAGAAGCUCGUCCUCGCGCUUCACAGCGUGGUUCCAGUCGGGAGUACGAGCGUCGUCGGGACGAGCAACGAGAGCGCCGCCGCGACGAAGGGUAUCGCGAUCGUCGGGAUCGUGAGCGAGACCAAGGCCGACGCGGUGAGCGCAGUCAUCAUAGUGAACGUGAUGAGCGCGGUGAACGUGAUGAGCGCGGUGAGCGUAGCAGUCAGCGCAGCGAACGUGGUGAGCGCAGCAGUCAUCGCAGUGAACGUGGUGAGCGCAGCAGCCAGCGCAGCGAACGUGGUGAGCGCAGCAUUCAUCGCAGUGAGCGCAGUCACCGAAGCGAGCGCAGCCAUCGCAGUGAGCGCAGCCACACUGGGGAGCGCCGUGACCGAGAUCGCGACGAGCGCCGUGAUCGAAGCCACCGAUCAGACAGAGAUCGUCAUCAUCGACGCGAGGACCGCUCGCCGAGCCGACGAAGUAGGGAUCAAGAUCGGGAUCGCCGCAAGUAA